GGAAUGUAGCCGUGUAAUGUGCUUACUUAGACAUCGAUCUGGGUUUACUUCUAGAAAUAGGUGCGAUUUCCAGUAAAUUGUUUGAUAGUUUAAAUAGUACAUGAUCGUCCGAUAACAAGUCCACUUAUCACCAACGUACACAGGAACUUGUGAUAAAAUUAUUACUAUCAUCACGAAGGAUGUCUGAUUCUGGAUCCAAUGGCACUGGUGGUGGAGAGAGUCAGCAGCAGCAGCAGCAACAAUCACCCCAGGGUCAGCAGUCAGUGAUUAGGUACAUGUUGAGCAACAAGGUGGAGGCCGCCCUGUGGCUUACCAGAGUGUUCACUGUACUGUGCACCGUGAUGUUCAUCCUGCCACUCUUUGGUGGAAAUCCUUCGACCCAUUUUGAGCGUGUGUUACUGAGCGCUGCGGCCACUAGUGCACUGAGGUUACAUCAGCGGCUGCCCAACUUCCAGUUCAGCCGUGCCUUCAUGAGUCUGCUGUUUGCAGAGGACAGCUGCCACUAUCUGUUCUUCUGCAUCAUCUUCCUCAACAGUUACCCCAUCACCAUGGUUCUUGUACCAUUAUUUCUAUUUGCACUUCUACAUGCGUGCAACUACACCAAGAAUCUCCUGGAUGUGCUUGGUCCAACUUCGAUGAUGUUCAUGAGGAACCUGAUUGCUAAACUGCAACUCCAACAGACCAACAUUCUACGCUUCAUUGCUUGCUCGGAAAUCUUCUUAAUGCCCGCUCUCAUCUUUAUGACGUUUAGUGGAAGAGCUACCAUAUUCCAUCCAUUUGUAUACUACAGAUUUCUCUCCCUUCGAUAUGCAUCACGGAGAAACCCAUACUGCAGGACACUAUUCUAUGAACUGAGAAUGACCGUUGAGUUUGUGUGCAAUAAACCUCAGUGCCCGCAGUUUGUACGUAACAUCUGCCUAAAGGCUAUAGGCUUCAUCUCCCGACUAGCUCCACAAGUGGCCGCCCAGUAAACUGUGAAGUGGUAGGGUUGCCAUGGUAACCACAGUCAGCAAGUCUUGAUGUUGUUAUCCUCAUCGUCAACUUGAGAUGGGAGGCGGAAAUUAUGACAGAAAAAUAGUAGAGAAAGCAUCUUAUGAAAACUUAAGUAAUUAUAUUCUGAGUUCAGCUCUGAAGAUUAAUAUGGCUUAGUGUUGGUAUAAUUUGAUUGAAGAUCAAUCUGUAACUUGUACAGAUACUAAAAAUUUAAUGUUUUAGUAUUUAUAAUGAUUGUAAAAGUCUUGAAAAGUUUUUUAAUUGUUGUGACCAUUUCCUUGUCUGAAGUACCCGAAGUCAUCAUUACAGAGAUGUUGAACAAAAGAUUUAAUGAACUGGAUCAGAUUAUUAUGUGUUGGGUUUGGGGAAAACUGUGUUAAAAUUGCCUUCAUUGCCUUCCCUUAUUAGCUUGU